GAUAUACUCUAUGAUUUAAGUUUUAGGUUAUUUUCAUUAUAAAUUAAUUAUUAGGAAAAGUGCGGAUACUGCACAUUAGAAAUUUAAGUGAGGUGAUUUUAUAAAAUCUGAUAGAACUAAAACCGGUUUUAAAAGUAUGUUUUAUUUAAUUGGACUUGGCCUAGGUAAUGCUAAAGAUAUAACAGUAAAAGGGCUAGAAAUCGUAAAAAAAUGUGACAAAGUACUUUUGGAGGGAUACACUUCAAUAUUAACCGUAGGUCACAAUGUUUUGGAAGAAUUUUAUGGAAGACCUAUCAUAAUUGCUGACCGUGAACUUUGUGAAAGUCACAUUGACAAAUUUUUAAUGGAAGCCCGAGAUGAUGACAUAGCUCUUCUUGUGGUUGGCGAUCCUUUGGGAGCCACAACUCAUACAGAUAUGUUAUUACGUGCUAAACAACUAGGUGUUAGAACUGAGAUUAUACAUAAUGCAUCUAUAAUGAAUGCAGUUAGCUGUUGUGGCUUACAAUUAUAUAAUUUUGGUGAAACUAUUUCAAUACCUUAUUGGACUGAAACAUGGAAACCAGACAGCUUUUAUGAAAAAAUUAUCGGGAAUUAUACAAGAAAUUUGCACACUUUAUGUCUAUUAGAUAUAAAAGUUAAAGAGCCAACUGAAGAGUCACUAACGAAAAAAGUAAGGCAAUACAUGAAACCAAAGUUCAUGACUGUUAGUGAGGCAUCAACACAGCUUUUACAUAUAAUUAAGGAGAACCAAAAUUCAGGGUUGACCGAGGAUACAUUAGCUGUGGGUCUGUCUCGAGUCGGUGCACCAGAUCAAAGAAUAACCGUCCUGAGCUUGAAGGAUAUGCAAACCCAUGAGUUAGGACCCCCUCUACACAGUUUAGUGAUUCCAAGUCCAAAUCUUCAUCCGCUCGAAUUAGAUUAUUUAGCUCAGUUUCGAUAAUAUUCACAAAGACGAUUUAUUUUUAAAUACUUUAUUACAUGAUAUGAAAAUAUUUGAAGAUGAAUCAUAUUGUUAAAUAUUAAAUUA